AUGCGCGUCCCUCACCUAUACAGCUAUCUCGCGCUCUUUAACGCGUUACCUACAGCAAGCUACGGUCCGGCGCAUUGUAUAAACGAGACAUGUGUUUUCUCAAAUCAUCACAUAGGCGAUGGUACUGUACUCCUUACCAACGAAAAGAAUGCAAAAAUUGCAAGCAACUUCCCAAUCCCAGCGAGGUUUGAAGCCAAAGAAUUACCGUUCCACGUGGCGGAGGUAGCCGGCAAGGGCGUUGGUAUCGUCGCUGAUAGAAAAAUACGCAAGGGCGAAACUAUUCUUAUACGUUCGCCGACGAUGAUGGUGCAGACCGCGCCUCAUGUUGGAAUGGGGCCCAGAACUAGGGAUGUGCUAUACGACCUGGCCAUAAGCAAACUGCCCCCUAAAGGCCUAGAACUCUUCAUGGGACAGAUGGGCAAAGAUAUCUAUGAUAAGAUUGAGACAAACUGCUUUCAGAUGUACAUUGAUGGCGCAAAUGACUCUGGUAGUCACCUAGGAUGCUUCCCGGAGAUAUCUCGAUUUAAUCACGACUGUCGUCCAAACAUCCAUUACCGAAUCUCCAACAUGACCCACACAACAGUAGCUGCGCGUGACAUCGAGCCGGGUCAGGAACUAAGCAUCAGCUACAUCGAACUAAUACUCUCGCGAGAAGAGCGACGCUCCCGCCUGCGCAAGUGGGGAUUCGAGUGUACUUGUUCGCAUUGCCGCAUGAGCGACGACGAAGCGGCCGCUUCAGACGCCCGGCUCCAAAGGAUCGAAGAGCUAGAAAGCGCACUGGAGAACUUCAACGAGGCCAUCGUGACCGCGGAAACGGGAGCGCAGCUGGCGGACUUGUACGAAAAGGAGCGGCUGGAUGUGUAUCUCGGCCCGGUGUACACGCGAGCGGCGCUGAACUUUGCGCUGUUCGGCGAGGAAGCGAAGGCGCGGGAGUACGCGCUGGCCGCGGUCGAGGCUGUGGAAAGGGAGUCGGGCCCGGACGCGGCUGAUGCUAGGGCUAUGAGGGUCCUGGCUGGGAAUCCCAAGGCGCAUUGGACUUGGGGGAAGCGGAGAAGAGGGAAUCCGGGAGAGGGUCUCCGAAAUGAUUCUUGAAAAUGGCAUGAACUUCGGUUUCUCAUGAGAAUACAGGUAAGGUUAGGUACCUCCUAAGGUAUAUUGGCAGUUGAGUAAUAUAUUGAUUGUAAGGUUUUGAGUUAGAGCCAUAAUACUUAGCUGGAUUACUGGAUGCCAUUGAUCCCAUAGGAUAACUUCCAAGGAGGUACCGUAGAUAUUGAAAAGUCUACCUGCCUUCAAGUUAUAAAUGUACCUCCUACCUAAGGUAAAUUACAACUUGGCAAAUCAAUCGGGAUGGCCCCUAGGGCCCCGGAGUCCUGGGAGUAAAAACGGUCGGUCUAGUGUAGUUGGGAGGCACCGGGCUUCCCUCUAAGCUUACCAGUCGCGCUUUUUCGCGGAGGUGUCCUGUUUAUCUACCGGCUGGGGUUGCAGG